AUGUCCAACGAAAUUAAAACUUUAUCUCGUUAUCUCCGCCCCGAGCGUUUCGACGAAGAACCAAGUGCUACCGCGUCUGAUUUAAAAUGGGCCCAUUGGUAUUUUACAUUCAAUAACUUUCUAUCUGAAGAAUGCACCGCUGACACAACAGACUCCGUUAAAUUGAAGCUCCUGGUAAAUCAUCUCUCUCCUACAAUAUUUUCUUAUAUACGUGCAAGCAAAACGUAUGACGAAGCCAUCAGCACUCUAAAGAAAAUAUACGUCAAACCGAAAAACGAAGUCCUUGCCAGACACCUGUUAGCUACGCGAAAACAACGAUCUGACGAGACCGUCAAAGAGUAUGUUCAAGCUCUCAAACUUCUUGCCCAGGAAUGUAAUUUUAAGCAAGUGACUGCAGACGAACACCAAAACGAGUCCAUGCGUGGAGCAUUCAUUGCUGGCAUUAGUUCGCAAAAAAUAAGGGAGAGACUCUUAGAAAAAUUAAACCUGAGCUUAGACGAAGCGGUCAACUUAGCAAUUUCUCUCGAAGAUGCUGGAAUAAACUCCCAAGCAUUCAGCAAUACUCCUAAUACAUCACUAAAUCUUAACGCCUUACCCGAAUCUGAAAACACGGAGAAUGUAGCGGCUUCUACGUCUGCCCCUCAUUAA